AUGCAGCCAUCUUUUACUAUUAACCCAUCAUGUUUUAGGUUGUUUGUUCGGCCUAAACCGAAUGCACAAGGCAAACAGUCUGCAAAACCGGAUUCGGAUGACGAACUCAAAGUAAUCAUAGUUUUUAAUCCAAAGUAACACGAUGAUCAAUUUCAUCCAAAUGUUUAGAAUCAAUUCCUCAUGAAAAAUAGAUCAACAACGAUAUGUUCAAAUACAUCAACAUUGCCUGAGACUUUAUCUACUUCCUUUCACAAUCAGGAACUCAAUCAAUCAGGCUUAGAAUAAAAUAAAGAAGAUAUAUUUUAUAAAACCAUGCCUACUUCAUUCCAGCAAUUUCAGUUCAAAAAUAAGAGAAGAUAUGAACCAUAAGCCUAAAUAACCCAGUAUCAAAUUAAAUUAGAUUCGGUAUUCGUGUAGAAUCUAAAUAGAUUCCUGGAGAUGAGAGAACUACCUUAAUGAUACGGAACAUUCCAAAUAAAUACACAUAGCCUAUGUUAUUGGAGAAUUUUGAUAUCAAUCAUAAAGACAACUAUGAUUUUUUUUAUCUUCCCAUUGAUUUUACAGUAAUCUUUAAGAUAUCAUAGAAUAAAUGUAAUGUGGGGUAUGCCUUUAUUAAUUUUUUGGAUUCAAAAUUCAUUCCCAAAUUUUUUCUAGAGUUCCACGGACGAAAAUGGAAGCUCUUCAAUUCGGACAAAGUAAAAAUAAGAGUUAAUUUAGAUCUGUGAAAUAACUUAUGCCAGAAUCCAAGGUGUCGAGCAAUUGCAAGGACACUUUCAAUACUCUACCAUCAUGUAGGAGAAGGUAAUCAAUUGCAUGUGAUAGUAGGACAAGAGACUUAAACCAAUUUUUAAGAAAUACCAAUCAGAUUAAUAAUUCAAAAGAAAAUGA